CUGGUCUAGUCCAGGGCAGGGCCUGGAGUGGCUGCGUGCUGUGUUUUGUAGUGUACAGGGUGCUCUAUGUCCCCUCCUGGAGCCCCCCCGCCACCCAACAAAUGGCAGCUAGGAAGUUUAGUGCACGUGAUAUGCGAGGAAAUACGACCGUCCCCUGCUCCCUGGCUUUUCAGGAUUGUUUUCGCCCUGGUAUGGGGGUGAGAAUCCGGGGCUCUGUGCCGUGCGGCAGCCAGUGGUUCUCUGUGGACUUCAGCUGUGGGGAGGAGCCCAACUGCUAUAUAGCCUUUCACUUCAAGCCCCACUUCGACCAGAACUGUGUGGUGUUCAAUAGCUUCCAGAACCACGGCUGGCAGUCUGAGCAGGUGAUGGAGGGGAACCCGUUCAAGCAUGGGGCCUCCUUCCUGCUGGAGUUCUACAUCACUGACCAGCACUUUGAGGUUGUUGUGAACAAGAAGGUGUUCGGGCAAUUCAAGCACCGCAUCCCCCUGUGUGGAGUGAAGGUCCUGGAGAUCAAUCCUGAGGUGCAGAUUCAGAAGAUUGAGCUCUUCUAGGUUGUCCCAGAACAAAGAAAACCCCAGGAAUGGGGACCCUGCACUGGGGAUCCUGCAGGGAUCUGCUGAUGGAGGUGGAGCGUUACCAAUAAAGUAGC